UGUACAUCAUGUAGUACUACUAGAUACGCAACUUGGAAGAAGGACCUGGAAGGUACAUGUACCUUGCAUCAUCAGACCACCUACUUCAGGUAUCCAUCAUCUUCAAACAACAUUGAAUUCGUAAAAGUUCAAUCUCUCCACUUCCAAAGUAAGUUGUAGUAGGCAGGCAGACUAUAACUUCAAGUUGCAAACAUCGAACUACAUAACUGCUCAAGAUUCGUACGGCAUCAUGGCACCCAAUGACCCACUCGAUAACGUAUUCAUACGCUUCAAAAACCAUAUGGAUGACAAUAUCUCCCGAGGAUUCCAGACUCUAUUCGGAUCAUUCAUUAAUAUGGGAAAUGACAAUGUUGUCAACGCUGAUGACGUUGUCUCAUGGGCCGUCUCAUCCCCCUACUCACCAGUGAACCUCCAAUCCUUGAAGCAGCCCCGUCCCCUCGGUGCGCCUCCCGGAACUCAGUUCACCUUCCGGGAUGCAUUCGAGGAUCUCCUGGAAGUGCAGUCCGGGCAUGGACUCGAAAGCUUACGGAUGCGCCUACAUGACCAAUACCUGGAGCACAUAAAGUUGGAAACAAGGGGCACGUCUGUCGAAUCCUGGAUAACCGGCUUAGCACGCCGAGGUCUCUUGCCCGCUUACUUCUCUCUCGCCCCAGGCGUUGAGUACGAGCUAAGCAAAAAAUACUGGAAACACCAUAGCUUGCAAGGCCUCGCGUUCCGCCGCCCGGAUGUAUCAUGGUCGGCUGGAACCAUCCUCCCGGAACUAGCGCUCAGCCUUCAGGACGAAGAGGAUGAAGAGGACGAUGAAUCAGAGUAUAAUACUUCAGACGACAGAAGGCUCCCCACUAGGCUACCACGCACGGAACUUGACUUGUACAACUUCUUCGAAAACGUCUUUCUCAGGGGAGAGCCUGAACAAACUAACGAUGCGCGGGGGGACCAACAGCAACCUACCCAGUCCCAACCCCCCACCCCUGAAUAUACUAGUUCUGACGAUGUCGAAGGCCCCGCGGUUAAUGUUACCCGAACAACCGAGACCGUCGGCAACUACAAGGUCGAGGAAGAAGUCCGCGAGUACGAAGACGACAACGGCGGCAUGGUAAUCGAGAAAACCGUUCGAACAUACAACGCUGACGGUAAACUCGUAGCGAUCAAUGAAGAAAUGUCGAGGUCUUCGAGCAGGUCUUGGUCGAAGCAGCUGCAGUUUGGGUGGACUACUGGAGGAGGCUCGGGGGACACCAAGCCUGCUACUACAAGCAACGAGCCGGACUCGAGCGCAGGUAGCCGUCCGGAACAGAAACCUACUGGUUGGUUUUGGUCAAAGUAAGGGGAAUGGAUUUAUACCCGGGUAUGGCUUUUUGGGGUAUCUUUACGCGAGGCAUCAGGGCGUUAUUGAGGCGCCUCUUUCUCCCCCCCCCCCUUUUCAUACCAAAAAACCUCUCAUUGAUAUAUGAUCACAACUCUACCUACGCAGCUCCCUCAAUUAGUUAUCGUAUGAUUGGAUGGAUAUUGCACACGCGACAUUGACUUCGCAAGGAAUAACAGAAUGUGAACAAAAAAACUUGAAUAUUAUUUUCAUGGAAAACACAUGUUCGGGCUACCUAUACUUUUAGUAUGACAAUGACACUAGUUACUGAGUCUGAGGCUAGGUAUGUAA